AUGACCAUGGAUGCCGCGCGGUCCCUGGCGGUGCAGCUCGUGCUGAGCCCAACGCAUCGAGUUGGCGAGAAGUGCGGCUUCAGGAUCUUCCCCGGCUCUGCGUCGUCCAGCUUCAAGAUGAUGAUGCACUUGGUGCACCCGGACAAGUGCACGGACCCCCGCGCUGGAGAGGCCUUCGGUGAGAUGCAGAGCAUGAAGAGCUUGGCGGUCGUCGGUGAUCCAGACGCUACUCGCCAGCGGCCCAUGACUGAGCUGGAGGGGCUUCUGCACCGCGCGCUGUGCAAGAUCCGAGAUCCGGUGGAGACCGCCGCAGAGGUCAUCAAUUUCUGUGACGGCCUUCUCCGUCGGCGCAAGCGCCUUGAGAGAUCUGUGUGCCAGGAAGCCUUGGCGAGGCUCCAGUGGCUCAACCUCAAUGAUGCCAACCUCGAGGAAGCUGAGUCGGUGCGGGAGCUCCAACGCAACUUUGAAAGGAGGCUCUCAAAGGCUCUUGCGGAGGUUCAGGAGCAGACGGAGGAGCCGGCCGAAAAGCCGGCUGAGGCCCAGGAGGAGACGGAGGCCCAGGAGCAGACGGAGGCCCAUGAGCCGGCGAGGCCCAGGGAGCAGACGGAGACGGAGGCCCAGGAGCCGGCUGAGGGCCAGGAGGAGACGGAGGCCCAUGGCCCGGUCAAGGAGCCGGUUGAGGAGCCGGCGGAGCAGAUGGAGACGGAGGCGGAGCAGAUGGAGACGGAGGUCAAGGAGGAGGAGGUGGAGGAGGUAGAGGAGGAGGUAGAGCUUCCGACACCCGCCCAACUGGGGCACUACACGCAGUUCAAGGAGCAGUUUACCGAGCCUCCCGAGGAUAACCUAAAACACCAUCGCCUUGUUUGGGAGCGGUCGGACGUGUUCACCAUCAGCAACGCUCUGCAGCUCGACGCCGUGCGGCGAUGCCCCGACCACAGUCUCUUUGAUGUGCUGAUGAGCCGCACCGCGCCUGGGCUGAAGGGGCGGAUCUUCUCCGGCAUCGGUCGGGUGCCCGCACAGGAGGCGCCUGCCAAAAAGCGCAAAGGCAGUGAGGGCGCCGUGGAUUCCGCUCGGGCAGAGUUCAUGAAGCAGCUGCCGCCGGAGAUUCGCCAGGAGAUCGAGAUGGGGGUCCCAGACACGCUUGUGGGGCGCUCUGCAUUUGCCUUCAAGAAGUUGGUCCGCUACAUCGCGCGGCAUCGCCUUGGAUCCGUCGAGCUGGACAUCAAGAACUCGUUCUUCCAGCUCUUGAACCGACAGAAGCCGCUGCCGCCCAUCAUGGCGGAGUACCUGGACCACCGUGAGGAGAAGCUCGCGCAGAUCGCCCGCGUGCUCUUCCACACGCUGCCCGAGGCCCGCCGGCGCAGCGUGGCGAAGGAGCUGAUGAUUGCCCUGGGCUUUGGGGGUGGUUUCGCAAACUGGUGGCUGCUUGGCUCUACGGCUUCGAGACGGCGGCCGCGCCUCUACCACGUGGCCGUUUUUGAGCUGCUGCCACAGAAGGCCAAGGACUGGCACAUGGAGCAGGGCCGCUCCACUGCCUCGGGGGCCUUUGCCCUGUACGCCCACCACGAGAGGUUGCAGAUGGAGAAGAUGGCGGCGGCAGCGGGCAGGGCCUUCAACGACCACCAGCACGACGGCAUCGGGGCCCUCCACUCCGCGAGCGAGGCCGUGAAGCGAGCCGUGGAUGUCGAGGUGGUCGUGCGCGAGCUGGAGGACCCGUGGGCAUACGCGGCGGCGAAGUACCCCAACUUGGAUUGGAGACUCAAGUCGAAGAUGGAGUUCUCCGGGUACCACCAACUGCUCCAGCGCUGCAGGCAGCACGUCAUACUUGGACGGGCGAGGGCAAACACCGUGGACUUUGCAAAGCUGGCGGCGGCGAAGCUGGUCCCGGUCGUACACGUUCCGGUGGAGGGGGGUGAGAAGAGGACCACCUACGAAAGCUUCGAGAAGGGAGGCUUCUGGCUGGUGCGAAACCGGGACGACUUGGGCCAGACCGUGGAAGACCUGAUGUGCAAGAUGUGGUGCCCGGUCUUCGAGACAGUCGAUGAGAACUACGUGCCGCCGCCGCCCCUCAACGAUAAUGCCUUCUUCACCGGUCUGUCCUCGUCCGUUCUGGGGCGUCUGGCAGGCCCGCAGAUGGCGGACCUCGACGGCGACGAGACUCGGCACAAAAUCCUCUUUUGCGACGGCAUGCUCUACGAUUUCAAGGAGCGUGUCCUCCGAUCACCGAUCCCCGCCAACCGCAUGGGCUUCCACGCAAAGGCGACCUCAGAGAUGUGGCAGCCGAGCAAGGCGACCAAGCUCUUCGAGCACAUCCUGGCUUUCUUGAAGGAGCAUGUGGAGACGGGGGUGUGUCUGCUCGAGGCCAGCGAGAAUGGCAAACAGGUCAUCGAGUGCUUCGAGGAGUUGGAGCAGGACGGGUGCGAGAUCCUCCGCCACAUGAAGGUGUACGGGGACUGGGACUCCGUCCUUUACGAGCUGCGUCUCAUGACCAGGGCCAUCUCCGCGACGCCGCGGUUCUGCGAGAUGUACUACAUCUGGGGAAGCCAGGAUUCCGGGAAGGACACCAAGUUGAAGAUGUUGCACGCCUUCUUCGGUCACAAAGAGAACAACUACGGGGUGCAGCUUCCGGGAAACUAUGUGGUGCAGCAGACUCGCUACCUGACCGCGAAGGACGGACCCGCGCCUUACCAUGCAAGGACUCUAGGCAAGCGGCUGGCCUGGGCCAGUGAAGUCCCCGAGCACUACUUGUUGGCGGAUGACUUCAUCAAGCCCUUUUGUGACAUGGAAGUCUGCCAGACAACGGUCAAGUUCACCUUGAAGCCGUCCAUGGCCACCGAGGAGCGAGCCGUGGAUGGCCUCAAGACCCGGAUAAACCGAGGAGAGUUCAACAAGUACAUGUUCUUCCUUGCGGCAAAUCUCGUGGACUCGUUGGAGAUGGAGUACAACCCAGGCACCGAGAUCAAGCCGCAGCCACCGGAGAUGAAGAUGAGCGCCAUGGACCUGGUCCCAUGCGCAGACAAGGACGAGGAGGCCAAACCCGAGGCCUUCAUGACAGGGCUGUGUGAGCUGGUGCCCUUGAAGGAAGCAAGCCUCCACACGGAGCUGACGAUGGCGCUGAAGACCUACCUCAGCCUGGACACCUUGGGCGCGGCAAAGAGCGUGAUCUCGAAGUUGGGGAUCAAAGGACAAUCCUAUGGCCCGCGGUACAUCUCCACCCUCAAGCAAAAUGAGCGCAUGGUGGGUGUGAAGCUCCGAUCGGCAAGUAGCUCUUAG